UUGCAGACAUUUGAAAAAAGUACCUGGCAUCUCUGUCUCGAACACUUUUUUAAUGAAGUUUAGUUCCAACAUCGUUGCAAAUGUGAUUUGGUCAGUUUUUGUAAGUGAGAAAGAGUUCAUACGUUUAUCUGGCUAGUGUGGCUAUUUUAGGAUUUGUUUAGAUAAUUAGUUGAAAGAGCAAGUUUCAUUCGAAGAAAAUCCAAGAUGGCCUUCAACCAGAAAAAUCCACCAUGGCAGCGAAACGCCGGCCAAAAUAUUGCUGGAAUGCAAGCGCUUGUUAGUUUCCCACAAGCACCAGUUUUCAAUCAAAAUCUCGGACUCCAGCAGCAACAGAAUUUAUCACUGAUUCCUCAGAUGAGUUUACAGCAACAGCAAAUUUACUCGCAGCCGGUCCAGUAUCCAACAUCGCGAACGAUCAAUACUAUUGCGUUCCAAAAUCAAACGCAAACUUCACAGCAGGUCGGUCAGAGUACAUCCAAAUUUAAUCCGAAUCAACGAGUUUUUAGUGGUACCGGGCAUGUUACCAAGGUUCAAAACGAUUUCGGUUUUAUUGAUGAGGAGGUGUUCUUCCAUAAGAAUGUUUGCAAGGGAUCGUUUCCGAAGUCUGGUGACCGGGUACUGGUCGAGGCAGCUUACAAUCAAAACAUGCCGUUCAAAUGGAACGCGACGCGGGUCCAAGUAUUACAGUCUACAUCAUCAAGCUCAGUAAACAGCAACAAUUCCACAAGGCAUGUGUCGAGUUAUGGUUCAGGACAAAACUCAAACAAUGAUCGAUCGGGACGAAGCCGGUAUUCACCAUCACGAAAAUCGCCGGACCGACAUGUACAUCGUACUAGUCACGAUUCUCGUCAGCGAGAUAUUGACGACGAAGAACGCCGCCGUCGUCGAGAUGAUCGAGAUGUCGAUCGUCAUCGCGAAAAGCAACGUGAUCGUACGCCCGAACGCAAAGAUCGUGAUAGGAGCCCAGUUCGCAAGAAUUCACCGAAACGUAGGAAGCUUCGCCCUACUCCACGUUAUAUGGUGCAAAUGCCCAAACAGCUUCUAACUAUUAAAAACGCGGAUAUUUUGGAACUUCGACGUCGUUAUCACACCCUUUAUAUACCAUCGGACUUUUUUAUGUCGCAAAUUCGUUGGGUUGACGCGUUUCCACCAAAUGAACCAUUUACUAUUCGGAAACCAUGUGCAUUCCACGUAAUGCACAAAGAUGUAGAACCACUUCAUCUUAACGAGGUCAAUCUAGAGCCAGCUGACGCAGAUUACUUAUACAGCGCUAAAGUGAUGCUGAUGAGCACGCCAUCAAUGUCAGAUUUUUAUCAAAAAUGUUUCGCUACCGGAGAAGAGCGUUCCGAUGAUGAUAGAGAUUUUGUACAUCCAACACGACUAAUUAAUUUCCUGGUGGGCAUCCGCGGAAAGAAUGAAACAAUGGCCAUUGGUGGACCGUGGUCCCCGUCAUUGGAUGGCGAAAACCCACACACAAACCCGAAUGUACUCAUUAAAACGGCAAUUCGUACGUGCAAGGGUUUAACAGGGAUUGACCUUUCCAAUUGCUCUCGCUGGUACCGUUUCGUGGAGCUCUAUUAUCGUCGUUCUGAAACCUACCACAAGGGUCGUUUGAUUCCAGCACGUAUCGAAACUGUGGUUAUCUUUCUACCCGAUGUACGUUCCUGCCUACCAACAAAUUCGGAAUGGGAUGAGCUGCAUCUUAAUUACAAGUCGCAUUUGGAGCGUAUUGUUAAUAUUCGGUCUUCCGAUAGUCCAGAGUCAGCAGAAUCCGCAGAUGUGGUAGCAGUGGUUCAACAAAAUCAAUCCGAAGUCGACGAUAACAUUACAUCUGCGGAAGAUACGCCAACUUUAGUGGUUGCUACUAGUUCCUCUUCUGACAGCACAAGGGCUAUCGAAUCCAGUGACCAGAAACCUGAAUCUACCAGCCCAGCCGAUAACAAGAAAGAGACAGCCGAGGAAGCUCCAACAGUGGCAGAUUACGAAAAGGAAGUAUCCGAUGCAGCUUCUAACAAUAUUAAGAGUUCAACUGAAUCUCUGGAUGUUAAAAAGAUGAAGAUAGCUGAGUUGAAAUCUGAACUCGAGGCUAGAAAUCUCUCCACUGACGGAGUUAAAAAUGUAUUAGCGGCUAGGCUAAUCAAAGCGCUAGAAAAUCAACAGACAGAGAUCGAUGAAAAAGGUUCGACCGAAGUAAACAAAUCUGCUACAUCAGGAGACAAAGUAAUAGAAAUUGACGACAGUGAUGCGGAAAAACUAACCGAAAAAAAUGAAGACGAAGAAUUCGAAACAAUGGACAAUGUCGAUAUGUCAGAAGUGACUGUAAUCGAUGAAUACGAUUCAACUAAAUCCGACGAAAAAUCCAAUGAUGAAGGGGCGAUCCAAAAAACUAAACCAGAUAAACUCAGCGAGAAAGAACGUCAGUUGUUAGAGAAAAGAUAUUCUAUCCCAGAGCAACCACACAUCAUUGUGCAUCCUUCUCGUACUGCCAAGUCCGGUAAAUUUGAUUGCGCAGUAAUGUCACUAUCAGUUCUGUUAGACUAUCGCUCAGAGGAUUCGAAAGAACAUUCGUUUGAGGUUUCUUUAUUUGCUGAGUUGUUCAAUGAAAUGUUGACACGUGAUUUUGGUUUUAAUAUUUACAAAGCUGUGCACUUGAUUCCGGUCAAGAAAGAGGAAGAAUCUAAAAAAGAUGUAAUUGCAGAAGAAAGUGUUGACAAGAAAGUCAACGGUAAUGGAGUUAAAGACCAAGAAAAGGAGAUCGAGGAAAAUGCAAAAUCUAAAGAUGAUAAAGAAGAAAGGGAACACGAGCGUACACGGGAUCGCGAUUCGCGCAGGCGGUCUCGAUUUGAUGAUGUUUCAGAUGAAGAUCGUCGUCGCAAAGAGAAAGAGAAAAAAGUAUCUUAUUACACAUUUGACCGGGAACUACUUUUAUCGUUCACAUACUUUGAUGUUAGUCAUUGUGGAUACAUAUUCGAUAAAGAUAUCGAGGAUUUGUUUUUUACUCUUGGCUUGAAUCUCUCUCGCUCCCAAGUUAGAAGAAUGGUGGCAAAAGCACUUACCCGAGAUAUGCUUUACUAUCGCAAACUGACCGAUAAAGUUAAGGAAACACCCGAUGCGAUUGAUGAAGUAAAUGAGCAAGCCAAAGAAGUUACAAAUGUGAAAACUAAUGACGAAACAUCCGAUGAAGUUAGGGAAGCAGUUCAAGGGUUUGGGAUGUCCGAAGCAGAGUUGCAAGAACUAGCUGUUGGUAACACUAACUAUUUGGAACAAAUAGAGAAUAAUCUCAAGGUUGUUCUAAAAGCCGAAACAUCAGUUGACGGCGAUGAUGGACCACCGUCUAAGAAAAUCAAAGUUGAGCAAACACAUAAUGAAAUCAACAUUCCUCUCACUAGUAGUGGUUUAGUUGUGCACAAUGGCGCAUUGUUGGAUGUUCCGAAACUGUUGGAACAAAUGAGACGCUCUGAAAAAACUCGUGAAGAUUCUGAAGUGUUGUUACAAGAUUUCCGUCGGUUAAACGCAGAUUUACAGAAAAACAACAGUCGCGCUAAUGACCAAAUUAAGGAUCAAGCAUCAGAUAUCAAAUACCUCACAAGAAAACUUAUCGACGCCGAACAAAAUCUUCGUGAGAUCACGAAAAAAUCAAACGAAUAUUUUUCAACUCUAUCCAAUGUGUAUGAUCGUGUUAGCACAGUAAUGCAUCGUUCAGAAAGUAAACGCUCUUCAUCUAUCACCUCGUCAAAACGAGCAAGUUCAAAGGAUCGUUUAAACCGAAAGGAGAGAAAAUCAAAGGAAAAAGAUAUUUCAGAAAAGCCAAAAUCGGAUGUAAAGGAAUCUGGGGACACACCCGAUGUAGAAAUAGUCGCUCUCGGUGAUUCGAAGGAGAGCAUCAAUAACGAACAAUCCGAAGCUGCUCUUUCGGAUAACAAAAAAGAACCGUCAACCGAGGAAGAUAAUAAGGAGAAAUAAAAAUUUGCAAUGUAAACUCAAUUCAUUAAAAAUAGUAGAUUUUGUAAUCUAUAUAACCUAUUGGAAACAUCAGUAAUAUUACAUUUCAAUGACUUGAAUGACUUCUGAAUAAUAUAGUGUCUCAAAUA